AUGGCAGCCCUCCAAGCUUCAAGGAUCAUGCAUUCAUCUUUUUCUUCUUCGCGGUGUCGAAGAGGAACAACUAGAGGUGCCAUCAAUGCGCCAAGACUCCCCACGAGUCCUCUCUCUUUUCCGACUCUCGCAACCGGAGUUUUGGAACCAAGAAUUGGUUACACAAAUUCAACCACUGCCCAUAACAUCAAUAUUAUGAACACUAUUCCAACGAGAAAUGAUACUGAUGUUUCCGACGAUCCAGUGGUGAUCGCGAAGCUCUAUGCAGUCAUGGAGGCUGUCGCGGAUAGAGUGGAGAUCCAUAAAAAUAUUGGAGAGCAGCGGAGCAACUGGAAUAGCCUACUCUUAACGUCCAUAAACGCAAUCACUCUCACAGCUGCAACCAUGGCCGGUAUUGCAGCUAGUACUAAUAUUAUUGGUGCUCCUCUUGUGGCUCUUAAGCUGUCUUCUACUCUGAUGUAUUUGGCAGCUACCGGAAUGUUGUUGGUCAUGAACAAGAUUCAACCUUCUCAACUGGCUGAAGAACAGAGAAAUGCUGCAAGAUUGUUCAAGCAGCUUCACCGAGAAAUUCAGACGAUCAUGUCUAAUGGCACUCCCACAAUGGAUGAUGUGAAGGACUCGAUGGAGAGAGUUUUGGCUCUUGACAAGGCCUACCCUCUCCCUCUAAUCGGCGUUAUGCUCGACAAAUUCCCAUCCACCAUGGAGCCUGCAGUGUGGUGGCCGCGCCAACAACGUAGAAAAGGGAUAGGGUCAAGUGGGGAGAUGGACAAUAAUGGUUGGGAUAGGAGAUUGGAAGAAGAGAUGAGAGAGGUUGUUGGGGUUGUGCAAAGGAAGGACAAGGCAGACUAUUUGAGGUUGGGUGAAAAGGCAUUGAAAAUCAGCAAAGCAUUGGCCAUUUCCGGCCCUUUACUGACCGGCCUAGCAGCUGUUGGAUCCGCCUUCGUGGGAUCUCCAAGCCACGGUUCAUGGGGCGCGGUGCUAGGAGUUGUUGGUGGUGCAUUGGCGAGCGUCGUGAACACGAUGGAGCAUGGUGGACAGGUGGGAAUGGUGUUUGAGAUGUAUAGAGGCAAUGCCGGUUUCUUUAAGCUGAUGGAAGAGUCCAUAGAAUCAAACUUGAAGGAAAGAGAUGUGGAGAGGAGAGAGAAUGGGGAAUUGUUUGAAAUGAAGGUGGCUUUGCAGCUGGGAAGGAGCAUGUCAGAGCUAAAGGAACUUGCAGCUUCUUCUUCAAGAAAAGGGGAGGCCGAUGAAGAAUUUGCAAGCAAGCUUUUCUGA